AUGAGGCGAACGACGGCAUCGGUCGUUGAAGCCGAAUGUACCACCUCAACAUGUUCACCGUCACCCUCGUGUCUAGUCAGCCAUACCCGGCUUCCUGCGGCCCGAAAAGGCACCGUGAAUGGCCAAAAAGCCAUUGGCGACGAUGAUCGGCCCGCAAAGCCUUGCCCCUACGUUGCCCUGAGUUACACCUGGGGUGAACCCCAUGAUCUCGACAGUAUAGUCGUGGACGGUUACGCCCACGUCGUCCAAAAGAAUCUAAAGCAAGCGCUGCUUGCGUUGAGGAGUACCGACGUGGUACAGGCCGGGUGCAGAGUGUGGGCGGAUGCACUGUGUAUCGAUCAGAACAACGCCGCCGAAGUCAACAGGGAGAUCGCAAGGAUGAGGCACAUCUACAAGGAGGCUAUCACGGUCGUGGUCUGGCUGGGCGAAGAGGCCGAUCAGAGCGACGUGGCCAUGGAUUUCAUCGACAAUGUCUCUGAUAAAUGGGAGUCCGGCUCCGAUGUAUUCGAGGAGUGGCUGAGGCAAGAAUUGAACACGAAUGGCUUGGUCAUAUGGCCCGCUUUGACCAGCCUGAUGACUCGAGCGUACUGGUCGAGACUGUGGGUCAUCCAAGAAAUCACUCUCGGAGGACCGACGGCAGCGAUUCUCUGCGGCAACAAGUCGACGACCUUGGAGCGGUAUUUCUUGGUUUAUGAUGCAUUUCACAUCUUCAAAGCCACACACCGAAACCCCGAGCUCGCGGCAUGUGUCAGCCAAGUCCUGACGACAGUGGACCGGGACGUGUACGUCGGAUAUCGCAACAUCUUUCAUUGGCAGUGGGAACCGUGCGACGAUUUUCAGUCCUUGCAAGAUGGAGAAGCUGGACUUGGUCAGGCAAAACGGCUGAAGCGCCUAAUGACACGGUGUCGGAAGGCGACCUGUCGCGAGCCUCUCGACAAGGUGUAUGGCAUCCUGGGACUCCUGGACGAGGAAACAUCAGCUCAGAUUGUCCCGGACUAUGGACUUCCCGUGCGACAAGUCUACAUGUCCUUUGCGACGGAAUGGAUUCGGGCAGAGAGAGACCUGAACCUGCUUGUUCAAUGUGGUGAAACAGGCGAGCAGGCGAAAGGUCCUGCUGUGGACAUCGAAAACCUUCCUUCAUGGUGUCCAAAUCUGCUUAAAGAGAUCAAGCCUCAAUUGAACAAUUUCGACCCCGAAUUCAAUAGUCAUGGGGGUAUGCGCACAUCCAGGAUAGCAUUCACAGGGGCUGAUGGCUCGGUCCUCUCGACAGAAGGCGUGCUUUUCGACACCCUGCAAGGUCUGAGCGGAGUACGGUAUUGGGAUGAUGAUUUCCGUAUACGGCGGCCAGAUUUCGAAAAUGCCAAAUCGCCAGCCAAUGCGUAUGGACCCACCUUUGAGGAUUUGCGGACAGCUUUAUGGAAAGCACUCGUAGGCGGUCGAGACAGGCAUGCACAGAAAGCCGCCUCGUACCAUGAUUGCAUUCUGGAUUCGGCCAUACUGGACGACAAACAUGCUGCGCCAUUCGAGCCUAAAGGAGACACGGACGAUUCAUUGCGCUGGAAUCUGCAUUUGUGGUUGAAGCGUAAUCAAUCAUUUCAAGUUGCCGGCAUUCCGCUCAAGGAUUUCUUCCAAGAUCUGGGAGUAAUGGAGUCAAAUCCACGGUUGUAUUACCAGUGCACUGGAAGAGUGAUCAAUUGGUUGUGGUGUCGGAGGCUGGCGACGACGAGAAAGGGUUACAUCGCCGUUGUGCCGAGGGUUUCUAGGGUGGGAGACGUGGUGGCGAUCCUCCCGGGAUGCACUUGCACCAUGUUGUUGAGGCCGUCUCUAGCUGGCGAUUCUGGACCGAAACGGUUCGAGAUUGUGGCAGAAUGUUAUGUCCAAGGGAUGAUGGACGGCGAGGUCGUUCAAAUGCUGGAGCAGGGUUCGUGCGAGCUGGAGGAUACCGACAUUGUAUGA